AUGGCUUUGUUAGAAAUCAAAUUGAGUGGUGUUACGGCGGAUAGAGCUAUUCGGCGUCUUGGUUUUUCUGGUCACUUUCAUUGUGAUGCUAUUGGUUUUUCUGGCGGUAUUUGGGUGCUUUGGAACACUGAGGAAGUUUCAGCGGAUGUUCUUUUUUCUCAUCACCAACUUGUUCAUACUAAAAUUUGUUGGGUAAAAGAAAAUAGAGAGGAGUUCAUGACUUUUAUUUAUGCAAGUUCGCAAAGACAGGAACGUAUUCAGCUGUGGAAAAUUCUGUCUUCACUGUUUGAUCAGUCCAUGAGGAAUGCGGCUUGGGGGAUAGCAGGUGAUUUUAACACUUAUUUGUAUGAGUAUGAGAAGCUAGGUGGUAAUGGCAUUAACUGGAAUAGCAUGAGGGAAUUUCGUGACUGUUUAGAUGAAUGUAGCUUGUCUGACAUUGGCAAUCAAGGUCCUACUUUUACUUGGCAAAGAAUAAAUCUUCAGGAACGUCUUGAUAGGGUUUGCGCUAUUUAUAAUUGGAACUUGGUUUUCCCUAACCGUGUGGCUUUGUUUGGCUCAGAUCAUCGACCAGUGUUAUUAUGGGAAGGUCAACCUGCUAUUUAUCCGAGAGGGGAGCGUCCUUUCCAUUUUCUAGCAUCCUGGUUAACAAAGAGAACUUUUCAUGAGGUGGUUAAUGGAUGUUGGUCAAACAAUGUAAACUGGAUGCAUGCUAUGGAGACAUUUCGGAUUAAUGCUUCGGAAUGGCAUAGAAAUGUUUAUAGGAUUGGUAUGAAAAUAUAG